CAUCUCCUAUCGCGAUUAGAAAAAGAAAAAACAGUUAUCGAGCUUGAUCCCUGAUUUCUAUCGUAUGUUUCCGUCUCCUGUUGUCGUAAAAUUUAGUAUUGCAGUUGUGAUCUUUGUUGUUGUCACAAAUCCAACCGAAACACAUGAAGAAAGUUUGGAUGCAGGAGAGAAAGAAUGGUGGCAAACCGCCGUAAUCUAUCAAAUUUAUCCACGAACAUUCCAAGAUAGUGAUGGUGAUGGAAAUGGCGAUUUAAAUGGAAUCAGAAAUCGACUUCCACAUCUAAAAGAUAUUGGAGUUACUGCAGCAUGGCUAUCUCCAAUUUAUAAAUCACCUCAAUUCGAUGGAGGCUAUGAUCUCACUGAUUAUACGGACAUUGAUCCAAUGUUCGGUACUUUAAAGGAUUUCGAUAACUUAGUAUCUGAAGCAAAAAAGCUUGAUAUAAAAAUUCUCCUUGAUUUUGUGCCAAAUCAUUCCAGUGAUCAACAUGAAUGGUUUCAGAAGUCUGUUAAACGGAUUGAACCAUACACCAGUUAUUAUGUAUGGGCUGAUGCAAAAAUUGUAAAUGAUACACGACAACCACCAAAUAACUGGAUAAGUUGGUUUCGUAAAAGUGCAUGGGAAUGGAAUAAAGAACGUGGACAAUAUUAUUUACAUCAAUUUGCAGUCCAAGAGCCCGAAUUAAACUUUCGAAAUCCACAUGUAGUGGACGAAAUGACAAAUGUUUUACGGUUUUGGAUGGAUCGUGAUGUAUCUGGAUUCCGUGUUGAUACAUUUCCCAGCUUGUUUGAAGUCGAAUCUUUACCAGAUGAACCAUUAAAUUUAAUUCCCAUGGACAAUGGACAGUUAAUAAAAGAUUGUUUACCAGACGAUCAUUGUUAUCACGAUCAUAUUCAUACGAACGAUCAUCCUUUGACAUAUGAUAUGUUAGAAUAUUGGCGUCAUGUUUUAAAAGAAUAUUCUGAAGCCACAGAUAAAGUUCCAAGAGUGCUUAUGAUUGAAACUUCGAGUAGAAUUGAUUUAAGUAUGAGAUACUUUGGAAAUGAUACCAAAGAUGGUGCUCCUUGUUUCCCUUUUAAUAUCUUUAUCAUUUUUAAUUUAACAAAAGAAUCAGAUGCAACAGAUUUUAAAUUUUUAAUUGAUAACUAUUUUACAUAUUUACCAAAACAUGGUACACCAAAUUGGGUGUUAGGAAGUCAUGACCGACAUCGUGUACCUAAUCGGCAUGGUGUUGGACGCAUUGAUGCAUUACACAUGCUAAUAAUGACAUUGCCUGGAAUAGCUGUUACAUACAAUGGAGAAGAAAUUGGUCAAGAAAAUGGUUACGUAUCUUGGGAAGAUACAAAAGAUCCAUGGGGCUUAAAUGCAGGAAAAGAUCGAUACUUUUUACCACAAUUCACACGUGAUCCAGAACGAACACCAAUGCAAUGGGAUACAACAAAAAAUGCUGGAUUUAGUAAAGCAAACAAAACUUGGUUACCAGUUAGCGAAAAGUAUAAAGAAACAAAUGUCAAAGCUCAAGCUUCAACUAAUGUUGAUUCGCAUUACAAUGUCUAUAAAGCGUUAACACAGUUACGCAAAAAAUCAACUUUACAAAAUGGUGAAUUAACGAUCCAAACAUUUGGGAAAAAUGUUUUGAUCAUAAUCAGAGAAUUGAAAAAAGCUCCUAGUUAUAUAUCAAUAUUAAAUUUGAAUGAUAAAAUCGAAGAUACUCGGAAAAUUUUAAAGUAG